AUGUUGUAUUGGUCUGUUGGAGAGCAUGAUAAUCAUUACUACACAGCUUUUCUUAAUAUGAAGAAGGACAAAACUGUUUGUUCAUUAUCUAUCUAUCUAUCUAUCUAUCUAUCUAUCUAUGGAAAUGUGUCUAUAUAUAUCUACAUCUAUCUCACUGUUUCUAAAUCUUCGAUUUUCUUUCAAUCAUUCCGCCUCACCUGCUAUCCUCUUCCGCCACACUUUUCCUUCCGCCUCACCUGUUAUCCUCUCCCUGCCUUACCUGCCAUCCUCUUCCGCUUACCUGUUAUCCUCUUCCGCCUGACCUUAUCCUCUUCCGCCUAUCCCUCUUCCGCCUCACCUGCUAUCCUCUUCCGCCUAUCCUUUUCCGCCUCACCUGUUAUCCUCUCCCGCCUUACCUGCUAUCCUCUUCCGCCUUCCUGUUAUCCUCUUCCGCCUGACCUCACCUUUCCGCCUUAUCCCCCGCUUCCGCCCUCUUCCGCCUCACUUGCUAUCCUUUUUCCGCCUGCCUGUUAUCCUCUCCCGCCUUACCUCCCUCUUCCGCCUUCCUGCUUCCGCCUUCCGUUAUCCCCCUUCCGCCUCACCUGCUAUCCUUCCGCCUUCCGCCUUACCUGUUAUCCUCUCCCGCCUCCUGCUAUCCUCUUCCGCCUUACCUGUUAUCCUUCCGCCUGA